AUGUCUCGUGAUCAUCAUAGUCGCCGCCAACGUCAACGUUCUCAUUCAACACAUUCAUCUUCUUCUUCACGUUCGUCAACACCAUCACCUAAACGCCGUCAUCCACCGAGCGAUGAUACUGAUCAAUUACUUCAAAAACAUAGUCGAUUUUUUUCUCAAUUACCGGAUGGUCCACCCAGGAAAACGAAUCGAGAAAAAAUGGAUUUUGAUCAUACACCAUAUCCAUCAGCAUCAUCCUCAUCACGUUCAUAUCCAUCAGCAAAUACUGAUCGACAUCAAUUUGAAGCACGUCGUGAAGAACGUAUACGUAUAGCUGAAGUUGGUACACAUGGCAUUUGGUCGAAAUCUCCCGUUCGUAUUGAUGAAGAUUUGGAGAGUAAAAUUGUAAAAAAGAAGAAAUCAUCAUCAUCAUCACAUAAAAAGAAAGAUAAAAAGAAAAAAUCAAAAAAGAAAAAACGAAAACAUUCUUCAUCCUCAUCUUCAUCAUCAUCAGGAGAAAUCGAAAGUGAUUCAGAACCAAAAUGGGUCGAAACAAAAACAAAAAAAUCAACAAAAGUCGAAACUUUACAAAAGCAACAAAUUAAUGAACCAGAAUUUAUUGGUCCAUCCUUACCCGAACAUUUAUCUCAAUCAAAUUCUUCAACAAAUCCAUCAGGUGGAGAUAAACCAUUAGAUUUUGGUAAAGCACUUUUACCUGGUGAAGGUGAAGCUAUGGCAAGAUUCGUUGCUGAAGGCAAACGUAUUCCACGUCGUGGUGAAAUUGGUUUACAAUCAGAUGAAAUUGUACAAUUUGAAGAACUUGGUUAUGUUAUGUCCGGUAGUCGACAUAGACGUAUGGAAGCUGUACGUUUACGAAAAGAAAAUCAAGUUUAUAGUGCUGAUGAAAAACGUGCAUUAGCUACAUUCAAUAAUGAAGCACGUUCAAAUAAAGAAGUCGCAUUAAUGUCACAAUUUAAGAAUAUUGUAGAAUCGAAACUUAAAAAAUAA